UUUCUCACGUGUUUUGGUGAAGCAGUCAAUCAGUCAAUGGUAAACAAUACACAACACAUCCAUUGAUCCGUUGAUCACCACAAUUAGAUCCCAAACCCAAACCAAAGAGUUGCCACACAUUCCCUCAGACACUGACGACACCGUCGAUCACCCGAAGGGACACCGGAAUGGAGAUAAUUGUCGGCACGUAUGAAGAGUUUCUCAUUGGAUACCAACUGAAACGUCUUGACGACGGCUAUGCGUUGGAGCAGACCUUCACAGACAGAGCCCACUGCGGAAGCGUUCGGUGCGUUACGGCCACCGCCAAGACAUUGGUCAGCGGCAGUACCGAUGAGGCGAUACACAUAUACAACAUGUCCCGCCGUUCAGACGCCGGCACUCUUCAGCAACACUCGGGAACCGUUACUCAAUUGGAGUUCUUUAAGACCACUCACCUGUUCUCGGCCUCCGAAGACGGCACUGUCUGCGUGUGGGACACGAGGACCUGGCAGUGCGAGAAGACACUGCGCGGCCAUAAGGACGCCGUCACCGCUCUCAGUGUCCACCCGUCGGGC